CCCCCCCUCACUCCUACAGCUCUGCUAUCAACUACUCGCAACUAGUUAUCUCUCACUUGGCUCAAGUUACUCUGUGAUUGACUUGUUUUCCCUAACCCCUUACAAUUACAUUAAGUACUGCAUGAAAUGAUUAACAUUUGGAAUGGAGUUGCUUUUGGGACUUGUGAGAAGAUCUAGACAACUUUCAUUAGCAUUUGUUCCAUACAUUUGACACCCCUGGCCUAGAUGGUAGUACAGAGACAAUGGAGGUGGUAGUAGUAGGGGAGAGAAACGGAUUCUCUGCUGGUACUGGACACUGGACAGUAGAGAAGAGAUAGAUAGAGGGAAUAGAUGGGUAGUUCUGGUCCUAGUGGUUGUGUGUGCUCCUCUACUACAGCCCUGAUGCCAGAUGGAAGCUCUCCCGCCGCUCGGCUUUGCUCUGCGCUGGCCGGGUCAUUUCCUGUCAGGAGGCCUGGUGUUAAUCAAGCCCUGAGCCAGGGGGAACGCCCUCCAGACCCCCUUUUACUCCCCUAGUACUGCUACCCCUCUCCUCCACAGCCUUUACUGCUCCCCUCGCUUCCCUCUAUUGCUACCCCUCUCCUCCUCUCCAAUUCCUAACUGGACCAGCAGGCACAACAGGCUCAUCUAAGCGCUCAUCCCCACAGACCUUAGGACAGGGAUAUACAAUACCAAUAUCAGUAAACUUGUGACUCAUUCAAACCCACUAUUCCACAGUAAUAGCUCCUCUGUUACACUGUUCCUUAGAAAUAACAGACAGGGGUCAAUCUGUUUCAGCAUCGUUGGUGUAGCUGCUUCCAGCUGUGCCCUCAGCAGCGCCUCCCUCAGGUGGAGGAGAGAGAGCAGCUGUCAGUUGGUUCUCCCAGCAGCAGCAGUCAGUACCUAGAGAGAGAUGAGUGUUCUUCCUGUGCUGUUGCUGUUCCACUACCACAGAGGAAGGGGAUCCAGGGACUCUGAUAAGCUCUGUUGGUGUGGUAAUCCUGAGGAGCUGACUAUGGAGAGGGCCCAUACAGCAGUGGAGAGGGUGUUUGAGACCCUCAAAGAGUUGAGCCAUGCCCGAGACCACCUCAAACAGUUCACCCCCGUCUACACAGCCAGCGAUGGAGUACAUCAGGUGACGUGCCGUCCAUUCCUCAGACAGGUUCUGGAGGAGAUCUUCCACCCAGACAGACCUGGGUGUCCCGACGUAGAACACAUGUCUGGAGGCCUCACCGGCCUGCUCAAGACUGGCUUCAGUGAGCCGGCCACACCCCAGCGACCACGGCCUGCUCUUUCUCUUCCUGGUGGGAGGAGUCACUCCCUCUGAGCUGCGCCUGAUCCGCAAGGUAGUCUCCGCCCACAAGCCGGGCACUCAGGUGCUGGUCCUCUCUACCAGACUGUUGAGACCUACAGACGUCCCCGAGCUGCUCUUCACCACCCAAAGACUGGUGCCAGACAUUGGUGUGUGAGCACGGAACAAGGACCACACACAGACACACACAGACACACACACACACACACACACACACACAC